GUAUCAGCUGCAGCGGUGUGCUUUUUCAAUUUUCAGCUUAGAAAAAGCGCUCACGGGAAAAGCGCGGGCCUUGUUCCUUUUUCGUGUUUCCUUCUUCCACUCCACAUACCAUCCGCGACCAAAAAGCUUCGAUCUUCAAUCCCCAACGCAGACAUUUUCACUGAGAAUUACGUUUUUGGUUUUCCUUCAUUUAUCUUCUCUGGCGACCAAGAAACAAGUAGCAUAAAGUGUUCUUUCCCCUUGGUUUUCAUUUCAGAGAAUGAAAUUCGGGGAAACAUUCCGAGAAUACCUUCACGGAGAUCAGGAGAAGUUCCUGGACAAAUUCUCCCAUGUCGAGUACAAGCGCCUGAAGAAGGUGCUGAAGCAAUGCCGGAGUUCUUCGCAUGGCUCGCAGGAGAUUUGUCGAAACAGCCUAGAAGAAGAACAAGUCGAAGAGGAGGAUCAUCAUCAACAGAGCCACCCUGAUUUCAAUCAAUUCUGCCAAUGCCAGUCCUGCCCAGUGUGCGAUCAAAUGUUCUUUUCGGAGUUGAUGAAAGAAGUUUCGGAAAUAGCUGGAUGCUUCAAUUCUAAAGCUAGGCGUCUCCUCCACCUUCACGUGGCCAGGGGGAUGCAAGGUUAUGUGUUGUGGUUUCGUCAGUGCUUUCGAGAUGAUAAGUUAGCUAUGGCGGAGGAAGGAAAGAUGCUGAUGGAAUAUGUUACCAUGAAUGCUAUCGCGAUACGCAAAAUCUUAAAGAAAUAUGAUAAGGUGCAUAGCUCUGUGAAUGGAAAUAUUUUCAAGUCCAAGAUGCGUGCGGAACAUAUUGAACUUCUGCAAUCGCCUUGGUUGAUUGAGCUGGGGGCGUUGUUUCUGAACAUCAAUGGAUUAGAUGGAGGACGAUUCAGUGAGUUUUGCGGGAACUUUUCUUGUGAUCUCGAUGCUUCAGAACCUGUUAUGAGGCUUACCUUGCCAAAUUCUGUCACCAUGGACUAUAGCUUGACAUGUCCCAUUUGCUUGGACACGGUUUUUAACCCAUAUGCUUUGAGCUGCGGCCACCUUUUCUGCAAGUCAUGUGCUUGCUCAGCUGCUUUUGUACCGAUAUUCCUUGGGCUAAAAGAAGCUACUCUAGAUUCAAAGUGCUCAAUCUGCAGAGAGGCUGGCGUAUAUCAAAAUGCAGUGCACAUGAUGGAACUGGACUUGCUGUUGAAACAAAGAUGCAAGGAGAACUGGAAAGAAAGGAUGGUAGCAGAACGUGCCCUGAUAGUCAAGCAAACCAAAGAGUACUGGGAUAUGCAGACCAAAUACGCAAUCGGUUACUGAAGGUGGGAUAGCUGAUAGCCAGAUGAUUACGAGUGAUUCUUCAUUUUAGAGGGUCUAGGAUUUUUAUAGAGAAGAGGGGGGGAGUUGAUUUAGACACAACGAGAGCCUGAUCUGCUUCCAAUAAUGUCAGCAGGUGCAGUUGUACUGUCUUUCUGCCCAGAAUAUGGAGGGAUCAGCCUAUGAAGUGUCAUCCAUAUGUGAUUUUGAUGCAGGUAAAUUGUUUAGGUGUUCAAGAGCCCUUUGACUUUCAGGGUUAAUUUUAUGCAACGAGAGAUUUCUUUUGGAAUUACGAGGUCAAUUAAGCAAUCAACGAAUUCAGGUGAA